CUUAUGAUCAUGGCAUUCUCGAGAACUUCUCUAACUGCAGCCUCGGGCAUGAAGGCUGGGCAGCAAGUGGCACCAGCAGAAGUCUCCUAGAAGUCUCUUCUACUUGACUCUACUUGGCCUAAAGUCAGACUCCCUACACCAAAGACAUAGUUUAUUUCCAUACAGAAUGAAAUUCAAAAUAUGUUCUGAGAGAGAUGGGUUCGUGGACAAAGAGAGUGCCCCAGAAAUACCACCCCUGCAUGGAAGUGACCCUUUCUAUCUUCAAAGCGCAUAACCCAGCCUGGACAUCCCCGAAAGACACGUAACUUUCCGUUUCAUGACCUUGAAAGUUAAUCUCUCGGCCUAAUAAUGAGAACAAACUCAUUUUGAAAGUAGAAAAAUUGAGAUUCAGAGCAGAAGUUUGGCUGAGGUCACAAAACAGUAGGAUGCCUCCCUCACCUUCCCCGCGCCCAGGUCAGAAAAGCAUCACAGGAAUAGUGGGGCUCCCAGAACCAUCUGGCCACGCAGGAGCUAUGUGUCCCUGGGAACGGGGCCCUGAAGGGUUGCUGCUUCAGAUGCCUGCGGUGAGUCAGGAAGGGGCUAGAGGAAGUUGACCAACUAGAGUGGUGAAACCUGUCCAUCACCUUCAACCUGGAGGGAGGCCAGGCUGGAGAAUGAUAUAAAGAGUGCCUUGACUCCUGCUCAGCUCAGCACUCCACAGGAGCCUCUGCCUCAGCCUUACUGUGAGUCUGACCCCUCUGUCUUUCAGGUUGACAGCAGCUUCUAAGAUGUCCCAACAACACACACUGCCAGUGACCCUCCCCCCUGCCCUCAGUCAGGAGCUCCUCGACACUGUUCCUCCUCCAGUCAAUACCCAGCAGGAGCAACGGAAACAGCCAGCUCCACUGCCUCCCCCAUGCCAGAAGGUGCCUGUCGAGCUCCCAGUGGAGGUCCUGUCAAAGCCUGAGGAAAAGCACAUGACUAUUGUAAAGGGAGUGCCUGAGCAAGAAUGUGAGCAGCAGCAGCCACAGGAGCAGGAACUGCAGCAGCAGCGCUGGGAGCAGGAUGAGGAACAUCAGAAAGCAGAAAACCCUGAGCAACAGCUUAAGCAGGAGAAAGUACAAAGGGAGAAGCAGCAGCUACAGGGACAGCUGGAAGAAGAGAAGAAGCUCUUGGACCAGCAACUGGAUCAAGAGCUAGCCAAGAGAGAUGAGCAACUGGGAACAAAGAAAGAGCAAUUGUUGGAGUUCCCAGAGCAGCAGGAGGGGCAGCUGAAGCACCUGGAGCAGCAAGAGGGGCAGCUGGAGCUCCCGGAGCAGCAGAAGGGGCAGCUGAAGCACCUGGAGCAGCAGGAGAAGCCGUUGGAGCUUCCAGACCAUCAGGAGGGGCAGCUGAAACACCUGGAGCAGCAAGAGGGGCAGCUGGAGCUCCCAGAGAAGCAGGAGGGGCAGCUGAAGUACCCGGAGCAGCAAGAGGGGCAGCUGGAGCUCCCAGAGCAUCAGGAGGGGCAGCCAAAGUACCUGGAGCAGGAAGAGGGACAGCUGAAGCAUCCGGAAGAGCAGAAAGGGCAGCUGAAGCAUCUGGAGCACCAGGAGGGGCAGCUGGACCUCCCAGAGCAGGUGGGUCAGCCAAAGCACCUGGAACAGCUGGAGAAGCAACUAGAGCACCUAGAGCAUCAGGAGGGGCAGCUGAAGCAGCUGGAGGGGCAGGAGGGGCAGGUGAAGCACCUGGGGGAGCAGGAGGAGCAGUUGAAGUAUCUAGAGCAACAGGAGAAACAGCUGAAGCAUCUGGUGCAGCAGGAGGGGCAGCUAGGGCACCUGGAGCAGCAGGAGGGGCAGCUAAAGCACCUGGAGCAGCGUGAGGGACAGCUGGAGCUCCCGGAGACGCAGGUGGGGCAGUCAAAGCACCUGGAGCAGGAGGAGAAGCAGUUGGAACACCCAGAGCAGCAAGAGGGGCAGCUGAAGCACCUGGGGAAGCAGGAGGCACAGCUGGAGCUCCCAGAGCAGGUGGGGCAGCCAAAGCACCUGGAGCAGCAGGAGAAGCAACUAGAGCACCCAGAGCAGCAGGAGAAGCAACUAGAGCACCCAGAGCAGCAGGAGGAGCAGCUAAAAUCUCAGGAGCAGCAGGAGGGGCAACUGAAGGACCUGGAACAGCAGGAGAGACAGCUGGAGCAGCACGUGUUUGCCCCAGCUCCAGACCAGGUCCAAGACAUCCAACAAGCCCUGCCCCCAAAGGGAGAAGUGUUUCUUCCUGUAGAGCAGCAGCAGCAGAAGCAGCAGGUGCAGUGGCGACAUAAGUAACCACCUGCUGUGUCCAGAGGCCCUCAGAUCAUCUCAUACAAGAGAAGAGAGAGCCACUGAUCCCAAUUAUUUCGGGUCCCCUAGGUGUCCCGUCUCAUCUGUGAACUUGACUCUGCCUCUCCACAUGUCUCUUUAACGGGGUGAGGGUGAGGGAGAGAGGGAAUUAUUGUCCAGUGCCACCCUCAAUGAGCCCAAUCCCAACCUCAGGUGAGCAGAGCCUCUGCUCGAGGGACCACUGUUACAAUAGGAGUCCCUACUUCCCCAAGAUUGACGCUGAAUCCGUGAGUGUGUACAAUGAUACAUAAUAAAUCCUGGGAGUCUUGGGAUCCUC